AUGAAACUUCUCUCAUCCCUUCCCCUUCUUUUGACUUUCUUCCGUAUUGCUACCCCGACUUAUUUCAAGGCAAACGGCACGCUUACCUGCGACCUACAACAAGCUUGGUGCUACUACAUCCAAAUGACCGAAGUGGACAAUUUCCGGGUGACCGACGACAAAGUCGCGUUUAGCGGAGUUCAUUGUGUGCACGGGAGAGAUGCCAACUACGAAAUAGCUGGGUGGCAGUUGGUAGACGGUUUCAGAAACUACUACUUCGAAAUUGAACUCUCAGUCACCCACAAUUGCUCUUGUCCCCGCAACAAGAGAAAGGUCACCCGAGAGGUUGCUUCUGAGUCCGUCUAUAAAUGGCGGGUGGACUACAAUUGGAAUGCCAACCUGACCCAAUCAGGCGACUUCGUUGACGACUACUGGUAA